GUCAGGAUGAACGCACUGUCGGUUAGACGCCCAGAGAGUGGCGAAGGAAACCCAAAUACACCCCAGAGAGGAGCGAGCUAUCUUGUUCAUCACUGAAAAACGGAGACCCCACUAUCUUAAAGCGAAGCGGUCGUGUUUAGAGGUAUCUCUGGACAACCAGACCUGGGCAAACAGGAGUUGCUGCUUUAAACUACAGAGGUGAGGAAGAACAGGCCAGGAGAUAAGCAAACAGCAGUCUGUGUGUUUAGAGGUAUCUCUGGACAACCAGACCUGGGCAAACAGGAGUUGCUGCUUUGAACUACAGAGUUAAGGAAGAACAGGCCUGUAGAUAAGGAAACGGCAGUUACUUGGAGAGAUUGAAUGUCCUAUGUCUGCACUGGAGAGGCUCCACUAAGGCAUAAGAAAGAGAGCCAUCAGCAGAUUGUGACAUUUAAAAAUGUGUUAUCUAUGGGUUCAUCAUAUUGUCAGUGUUGGCGAAUGUGAGCAGCCCUGUACACUGCACCUAGAUAAUAGAAGUGGCCUUCAUCCAGUCUCUCUCUUUCUAUCUUUAUAAUAUUUGCACUCAAAAAUACCUCAUUAAUGUUACCAUAUAUCCUAUCAUCUGCUACCAGAAACACUGAUUUGGGCAUCUCGGAGUGCACAACGCUAGAAAUCAACAAGGACCAAGCCUGCACUUUUCAUAAAGUUUGCCAAACCCCUCACUUUAACUGCCAAGAGGACAAGAGCAAGGAAUCUCCUUUAAGAGUCACUCAGAGCUAACAAUGCAGAAGCACUGAAGGAGUAAAAAGAGUGAGAGAAAAAGACAAGAGGGAGGGUGGGAGGAGAAGCAGAGUGAAUUGGCGCUCAAGUGUGAGCGAACGAGCAAACAUAAAGCUGUGAGUGUCUACUGUAACCAAUGGCACUCUGAUAAGACAUUUCAAAGCCAUGCUUUCCUACUGAAGAAUCCAACGAAAGAGAGGAUCGGAGCCUUAUGCUUAAGCAAAUGGACAAACAAAUGGCCUUUUAUUUGAGGAGCAACAGUUUAAAUGGACACUUCUGAGACAACCACAAUUGAAGACAAAUUGCUACGAGACCUACUGGACAAGAGGGAUCAUUAUAGUGACUUUACAUUUAUUACAGCAGCCCUGAAAUUCCAAAGGAGAGGAGAAGAGGAAUAUUUGCAAUGGAUGGAUUUCCUUGGGGUUGUUAUCAGUGCUGAUCCAUCCAUCACUUUGUUGGUGUGUUUGGGUCUCUGUCUGUGAUUUGCCACCCACAUACUGCCUGAAGUGGAGGUGAGCUGGUGAGGGGACUGGAACAAGUCAGUCCCACACUGGACCACUUGAGCUUUCUGGAGGAGGACAGAGAUAAUUGGAGAGUACAGUAUGGGGAAGUCAAACAGUAAGCUCAAACCAGAGGUGGUGGAGGAACUCACCAGGAAGACGUACUUUACAGAGAAAGAGGUUCAGCAAUGGUACAAGGGCUUCAUAAAAGAUUGCCCAAGUGGUCAGCUUGAUGCGGCAGGCUUCCAGAAGAUCUACAAGCAGUUCUUCCCCUUUGGUGACCCCACCAAGUUCGCAUCAUUUGUCUUCAAUGUUUUUGACGAGAACAAGGAUGGACGGAUUGAGUUCUCAGAGUUCAUUCAGGCCCUGUCGGUGACCUCACGUGGGACCUUGGAUGAAAAGCUUCGCUGGGCUUUUAAGCUCUAUGAUCUUGAUAAUGAUGGCUAUAUCACACGUGAUGAAAUGCUCAAUAUAGUGGAUGCCAUCUAUCAGAUGGUGGGAAACACGGUGGACCUUCCAGAAGAUGAAAACACACCAGAGAAGAGAGUGGAUCGCAUUUUUGCCAUGAUGGAUAAGAAUGCUGAUGGAAGGCUGACUCUGCAGGAGUUCCAGGAGGGCUCAAAGGCAGAUCCCUCGAUUGUACAAGCUCUGUCUCUCUAUGAUGGCCUAGUAUAGUAGCACCUUCUCUCAAGUAUAAAGAAACCGCAAAGUAUCCAGUGCAGUGCCAUUCCACCAUGCUAUACGCAAGAUGAGUCUUGUCUUUAAUUGACUUCUCAUUCUGGACCCUCAGAACUGAGAGCUGUUGGAGAGAAGGACCACAAAAGCUCAUCCUCAUCUUCUCACCAUUAGCAAAUCACAUGUGACCUUUUGUUGGCAUACAACAAUAACAAACAGGAGAAAGGAGGAAAUUGUCAUCCUGAAAAGUGUUUGCAUAGGUGUAUGUGUGUGACUGCAUGUGAAUGCUAUACUGAAGAAUUCCACUGGAUUUUCACAAGUGCUUGUUUUCUAAUGAAAAAAUGCACUGGAGACUGGCACUGAUUGUUUAAAAAAGCAUGUUGAGAAACAUAUUAUUUAUGAAAAUAUGUGUAAACCUUUUAUAUAUUGCUGGGAUGUAUUGUGGAAGUGCUCUUUAUCUAUAAUUGAUUUAUUUACUUUUAACCUUGAAGUAUGUGGAUUUGCAGCUGAUUCUUACUGCUUCUUCGAAUGAAAGCAUGUAAUCCUGUCUUGCUUAUUAUUCGAAUGUGAAAGGAACUUAAUUUAUUACAUUUGUGGUGCGCGUCUCCCAUUGUGUAGUGUGUGCUAUUCCUCCCUUGCUAGCACAAAUCAUUACAAAGUCCUCAAGCCACAUCCGAAACAAGGCACUGUAACCAAGCAACAUGCUACACUGUUAUUCUUGAACAGUUACAUAUCAGAAUUGAUGUAUGUACCUUUUAGAAUAGAGAAGCAAACAGGAUAUCUUUCCUUUUCUCUCUCUGUAAAGGCUCCAGCAUCUGCUAGCUUAAACUAGACAUUUGCCUUUUGUGUCGUCUCCUGUGUCUUGUUUUUCUAUCGAACAAAAGCCAUGGACUUGUAUUAUGGCAAUUUUUUUGUGGAUUUCUCAAAGCAACAAAGUUAUAUAGUAUGUGCCAUUGAGACGGCCUCUGUUCGAGUUGGUCUAAUACUUUAUCAUUCACUUUUUGACAGAUGAUUACAUUUGAGUCACUGCAUAAAUGUCUCUAAUAUUAUUUGCCUUCUGUAAGUAAGAUGGAGUUUUUAAUAUCUGAGAUGUUGCACUCUCAUUAUUUCAUCAAUGGCUGCUUCCAUUUUCAUCACUGUAUGACACAUAUACAGUAUAUUGUUUCUAUGCUCUCAAUAGGACACUAUUGCUGAGCCAUUUAAAUAUUGCAUUGGAGCAUAGACCUUGUUUUCCAUCAGCACAAUGGACUAGCUGGCUAUCUUUCAAAAUAAUUCACUGUGCUUAAUAGAUCUAUGAACUAAUCUAGUUUUGUAACACAAAAGUGCAGCAUAAAUCACAUUCGCUAUACAAAAUAUGUAAAAUGGAGGACUCUGUCUUAGUGUAUACACUAUCAGUCUUAGAGAAUCACAGGAGCAUUAAUACUUAAGCAAACAUCCUGCCCAAUACAUCAACAACUGACGCUUAUGCAGUCGUAUUAGUAUUAAGGCAAAGCAGUAAUUAAAUUCUAGGUACAUUCACCAAAAGUGACUGAUUGGAAUCAUUCCUUAAUGCCCCAUCAAUUAUGUUACAUUCUAUGGGCUAUUUUGUAUGUCACCCUUUUCUGACCAAUUUAAGUCUUGAAGUCUCCACUAACGAUCUGAUGAGUUGAAUUAAGUGUGUUUGAUUGAGGAGACAUCCAAAAUGUGUAGUGUUGAGAAGCUUGAGGAGCUAUUUCUACCUGACCUAACCCUUAAAAUAGUUUUGUUGGUGUAACCAAAUGUAUUCAGAUUGAUUCAGUGAUGUUCAAUAAUAUUUUUGACUUGAAAAAAAAACAGUUAAUUUAGAUGUUACCACAUGAAGCACAUUUUUUAGGUUAACUUUUUUCUUCAAUGCAUUUUAUUCUCUCUGCAGAAUGAAUCACUGACAACUGAUCUUGAUUUCUUCAAAUCUGUUCAUCUCACGUUAUCUUAGACAGAAGUUAGAUUUAUACAUUAGUUACAUUUUUGUAGAUGUGACAACACAUGAUCAGUUCUCACUCAAUCCCACUUGAUCAGGCAAAUAAUCUAAUAAUAUGUUAAGCUUAUUAAAAUUGAUUAGAUUUCACCUCUGUACUCUCAUUUGUUUUUCAUCAUUCUAACAUCAUUUUUGCUUCUACAUUUAGCUUUACAGUAUUUUUGUCAUUUCUACUUGAUUUAAUGAGUUUUCAAUAUUUCAAUUCAAUUUUCUUCAUAAGUAAUUUAAUACAAAUUGGUUGAAAAUGUGCAAUAAACAUAUAACUAGUUGUAACUUUGGCACCACUUUGAUUUAACCUAAUUUAAGGCAGCAAUUAAACUUAUUAGGUUCAGUUAAAAGGAAUAUUUCACCCAAAAAUUAAAGUUAAUUUACCCUCAUGCCAUCCCAGAUGUGUAUGACUUACUUUCUUCUCCUGAACACAAACAAAACAUAUUUAUAAGAAUAUUUUAGCUCUGUUGGUCCUCACAAUUUAUGUGAAUGGGUACAAAAAUUAUCCUAAAGGAGAACAAAGGCAGUAUAAAAGUAAUCCAUAUGACUCCAGUGGUUAAAUCCAUAUCUACUUGAGCGAUAAAUGUGGCUGAGAAACAGAUCAAUAUUUAAGCCCUUUUUUACUAUCAAUCUCCACAUUCACUUUCACAUUCUUCUUAUUUUGUUUUUGGUGAUUCAUAUUAUUUGUGCAUAUUGCCACCUACUGGGCUAAGAGGAGAAUUUAUAUUUAAAAAAUCCUUACAUUUUGAUCUUUUUCUCAUCCACAUUAUCAUAUCGCUUCUGAAGAUAUCGAUUUAACCACUAGAGUCUUAAGGAUUACUUUUAUGGUACAUUUAUGUGCUUUUUGGUGCUUCAAAAUGUUGGUACCCAUUCACAUGCAUUGCAUGGACAUUCAGAGCUAAAAUAUUAUUCAAAAAAUCUGGAUACACUUUCUCUCGAACUAGUGCCUCCGGCUCAUCUUUAUCCCCUUCCUGGCUGAUUUGGACAAAUCAGUGCCUGGCAUGCGUCCUCGCGACCCGGCAGUUCCCUCCUCCUCGUCACACUAUCCCUUUAUUUUUCCUAUUUUAGUGGGUUGUAUUUUUUUUAUUGUGCUUUUGAAUUGUGACUGCAGUUGCUUUUUUUUUUUUAUGUUUAUUCAUGGCAUCGCUGCCUUGCAACAAUUCAUUAAGCCACACAAGGGUUUUACAUAUCAACAAAGUCUU